AUGCAUGGCAUCCCAAAUUCCAUUUCCAAUUCGUCCACGACAUUCGGUUUCUGCAACCAGGGUGUCGGUCGCUGCAUAGAUCAGUUAUCCUUGAGUGCUGCAUUCAUCCAGACCCUUCUGUCCAUAUUUAACAUCCCUCACCUUUCCGCCGACUGCCUUCCAUCAUGUUCGCCACGGGGACCUACACCCUUAAAGAGAAAAUUCGGAACUGUUGAACCUGCAUCCCCUACCCCGGCUGUCAAGAAGAUCGCCACGUUCAUCGACGGGGCCUACAGCAAAGACCCAGAAACGAAGACACCCAAGCUCAAGCAGUUUGUAGAUAGAGCAACUAACAGAUACAACUAUGACAGUUGUCCCUUGCCGGAACAUCAUCUUCGCAUUCUCUUCCUAAAGCCCAGCGAAGAGCGGAACGACCUCAUCAUUGUCGAGCUUCAAGCAUGGCCUAUCGCAAAGCUUAUAGCAAGACCAGAUGACUUUCAGUUCACGGCCCUUUCCUACAAUUGGGGAGUUGGGAAGGAAGACAAGGAAAUCUUCGUGGACAUGACCCCCGACAGCUUGCCGCCGGUGAAGUUGAGAAUGGACGACUUGUCAGCAGCUUGGAAGCGGCGCAUGAAGCCAAUCUGGGUGAAACCUAACCUGCAUGCUUUUCUCAAAGAAUUUCGACAUCCCAAGAAGGAGGUCGCUCUCUGGGUUGACAGGGUCUGUAUCAACCAGGCCAACAACAAGGAGAAGGCAGAUCAGGUGUCCAAAAUGGGUAUCAUCUACUCCACUGCUGCCAAUGUCGCCAUCUGGUUGGGGACGCCGGACGAGGAAGGAAGAUCCGACCGAGCAAUGGACUUCAUUGGUUCUAUGUUGAAGCAAGAUGUUGAACAGAAGCUCAAGGGCGAGAGCGCGCAGAACGACGAUGCUAUGCAAUGGUCAGACUUGCUAUCACUCAUGCGCCGUCGAUGGUUCUCACGUCGCUGGAUCAUCCAAGAGCUUGCCCUGGCGAAGAACGCAGAAGUUCGCUGUGGCUCUAAGAGAGUUCACUGGCGAGACUUUUCCGACGCCGUCAGCAUUUUCGAGCUUCACUUUGAUCUUAUUCUCAAGAUCAUCAAGGGAAGAUCUGAUCUAGAGCAGUCGCUUCAAGGGAUCAAGGAUAUGAAACCGUUUGGGGCUCGAAUUCUCGUCGAUGUCCUAUCCAACACGUUUCAGCGACACGCAAACGGUACCAUAUACACCCCGCGGCAAGGCCUAGAAAGCCUCAUCUCCUCUUUGGCUACCUUUGAGACAUCGGAUCCUCGAGACACCAUCUACACGCUACUUAAUCUCGCCAAGGAAACGUUCAACUUGCCUUCGGCAGAUCUCGUCAGGAAGAAGAAGAGGUACAAGAAAAAUGAGGAAAACCCCCCUCCAACCCCUGACUAUUCCAAGAACCUACUCGAAGUAUACGCAAAUUUCAUGGAAUGGUGUAUCAAGGAGAGCGGUUCACUGGAUAUUCUAUGUCGCCACUGGGCUCUUCCGGAAGUCACAAAGAAACCGGAUAAAUUCUACCCCGAGUUGGUAGAAUUGCCGUCAUGGAUCACGACAGUUCGCAAAUCGGCCUAUGGAUCUCAGCAAGAGGGCUUUGGUGGACGGAAGACGGGAGACAGCUUUGUGGGUUCGCCGGAGAGCCGAUGUUACAAUGCGUCACUGAAUCUGGCCCCAAAGAUUCAAUGGGGGAGAGAUCAAGAAGUACCGCGGACGGAGUCGCCAAACCAAGGUGUUGCCAGAGCGGCCCUGCCUUCGAGCCAAACACCGCGGCCACAAGAAGGCCUAGGCUGUGUCCUAAUCGUCAAGGGGUUAUGCCUCGGGAAGGUCUCCGGGCGACAUCAAAUGCAUGAGGGGAUCAUUCCAAAGAAGGUCUUGGAGGCACUGGGUCAUGAUUGUGCUCAACCUAAGUUGCAAAGAGUCCCAGAUGCCGUGUGGCGAACUUUGGUUGCAGACCGUGGCCCUGACGGUAAAGCACCGCCUGCAUGGUAUCACAGGGCGUGCAUGAUGUGCCUCGUAGCCGACACCAGUAUUGGCAAUAUCGAUACUAAUCACAUCCUUCAGCAGAAAAGCACAACUAAGAUGCAGGCAGACUACUUGAAGCGGGUCCAAGCAGUGUGUUGGAAUAGGACGUUCAUCGAAUGCAGUCGGCCUGAGGAUGGCGAUGGGAGGUCUGGGGAUAGUAAGCUUUUUGGAAUUGCGCCUUUGGACGUCGAACCAGACGACUUUGUCUGUAUUCUUCACGGAUGCUCCGUUCCAUGUAUCCUUCGGAAAGCUGGGAGUGAUACCCAAAAGUCUGCUGACCCCAGAGUCUUCCAUCAGCUGGUUGGAGAAGCAUUCAUUCUUGGACAGAUGGAUGGGGAGGCCAUCAUGGGGCUUUCAGAGGAGAAUCUCAACAGUAGUAGUGAUGACUUUCAUUUGGUGUAG